AUGUCUCUUCCUUCCGUGUACCAGCACAAGUUUGCUGAGAAACUGACAAUCCUCAAUGAGAGGGGCAAAGGGGUCCUCAUCCGUUUGUACAAUAUCAAAAAGACAUGCACCGAUCCCCGGGCCAAGCCGUCCUUCUUCACGGAGAAGGCCAUGGAGCCCUGCAUCAAGUACAUCAACAAGAAGUUCCCUAACGUGGACAUACGGAGCAGCACGCAACAUCUGGGGCCAGUACACAAAGAGAAAGCAGAUGUUUUCCGGGCACUCACUGCCUAUUACCAGACCUUUGUGGAUGUGUUGGAAUUCCGGGAUCAUGUCUAUGAACUGUUGAACACCAUUGAUGCCAGCCAGUGCUACUUCGACAUUCACGCGAACUAUGACUUCACCAAGAAUUACCUGGACCUGAUUGUCACCUACGCUUCUGUCAUCUUGCUCCUUUGCCGUAUUGAUGACCGCAAAGCCCUGGUUGGCUUGUAUAACUGUGCCCAUGAGAUGAUCCAUGGAACCAGUGACCCCAGUUUCCCUCGCUUGGGCCAGAUGAUAUUGGAGUACGAGAAUCCCUUGCGCAAGCUGAUGGAGGAGUUUGGACCGCACACCAAGGCUGUCAGCAACGCCCUUCUUUCUCUGCACUUCCUCUUCGCCCGUCGAAACCACUCGGCUGACCAGUGGCGAAGAGACCAGCUCUUCAGUCUGAUCAGCAACCCCGCGGGCAUGAUAGCUCCUGCCACUUCGGACACGAUGGCCUGUGAAUACCUUUCCCUGGAGUUACUUGAGCGCUGGAUUGCGAUCGGGUUCUUGCUGUGCCACAGCUGCCUGGGCUCCACGCAGAGCUGCCUGGAUCUGUGGCGGGCGGCUCUCCGGGGCUCGCUCUACAUCACUCUUGUGCGGGAUGAGGUGCUUCCAAUUCACAAGGUCACUGAGGAGGCCUUCAGCAGCAUCAAAGGCUAUGGGAAACGUAUAGCUGAUAUCAAAGAAUGCAAGGAAUAUGCUCUGGCGCACAGCGGGCAGCUGCAUCGGGGCCGGCGUAACUUCUUGAGAAAUGCCAUGUGGGAGAUGGAGGCCAUCCUGGCCAACGAACCGGGACUGUUGGGGCCGAAGGUCGUUUACGUCUUCAUGGCGUUGUCGUUCUGCCGGGACGAAGUAGCCUGGCUUUGCCGCCACAGUGAGCACGUCAGCAAGGGCAAGAACCCAGAAGACUUUUCCGACAGCCACCUGGCCGAGCUUCUGUUCUUGAUGGAGGAACUCCGUUGCCUGCUUCGACGCCACCAGAACCUCAUUAAGCGCUACUACGUCCAGUAUUUGUCCCGCUUUGAUGCCUUGGUGCUCAGCGACAUCAUCCAGGACCUGACGGUGUGCCCUGAAGAAGAGUCAGUGAUCAUGUCAUCCUUUGUCAGCUCACUCUCUUCCCUGUCUAUCAAACAAGUUAAUGAAAAGGCGAAUUUUGAAUUUUCUGGGCUGAGACUGGAUUGGUUCAGGCUACAGGCAUAUACCAGUGUCAACAAGGCCCCCCUGCAAUUGCGGGAGAAUCCCGACGUAGCCAAGGUGAUGAACCUCAUAGUCUUUCACACCAAGAUGCUGGACAGUGUGGAAGAGCUGUUAGUAGAGACAUCUGACCUUUCCAUUUUCUGCUUCUACAUGCACCUCAUGGAAAAACUCUUUGCAUCCACUAUGGAGGAACCAUCCAUGCUGCGUUACGCCAUUGCGUUCCCGCUUCUUUGUGCCAACUUUGCCCAUGCUGCCCAUUCUUUGUGCCCCGAAGAGUGCCCUCACUUGCGGAGCUGUGCCUUAGGCCUGUGUAACAACUUCCUGGAAGAGAUCGCCCGGCAGGCUUCUUCGUGCAUCCUAGACACCUGUGCGGAACAGCGGAACCUGAGUGAGCAGCUCUUGCCCAAGCACUGUGCCGCAACCAUCAGCAAAGCCCGGAACAAGCGAGCCCGCAAAGCAGCAGCCAAGAAGGGAGAGCCAGAGAGGGAUAAGCCGGGUGCAGAGAGCCACCGGAAGGACCGCAGCCUGGUCACCAAUCUAGACAAGCUGCACCUGACGCUGACCGAGCUUUGCUGGACCCUCAACCACGUGCCCAGUUUCCUUGUCUUCGAGCACACAGUGACACCGGCGGAGUACCUCAGCAGCCAGCUGGAGACGCGUCUCAACAGGGCCCUGGUGCAUCUGGCACAGGCGACCCCGGGCUCUACAGAGUUAGCGCGCCCCUCCGAGGUGUUGGCCGGCGUGCAGGCAUACGCGACGUUCCUGAUCUCCCUGAUGCAUCGCGUGGGGCUGGACACCGGGCGUCUGCUCCGCAACGUGCUUCUGCAGCAGACCCAGCCCCUGGAUGCUGCAGGGGAGCAGACCCUCACCACGCUGUAUACGAACUGGUACCUGGAGUCACUUUUACGCCAGGCGAGCAUGGGCACCAUUGUUCUUUCACCUGGUAUGCAUGCUUUUGUCAGCGUACCCAAAGAGGGAGAGCGGACCUUCAGUGCUGAAGAGUAUUCUGAUGUCUCCGAGAUGCGAGCGCUGGCUGAGCUCCUGGGGCCCUAUGGGAUGAAGUUCCUCAGCGAUAACCUCAUGUGGCAUAUUACCUCGCAAAUGGUAGAGCUGAAGAAACUGGUGACCGAGAAUAUGGAUGUGCUCGUUCAGAUCCGCUCUAACUUCUACCAGGUGGAGCAGAUGGCAGCGCUUCUACCCCGUCUCACAGCCAUAGAAAAUGUGCUGAAGAGGAUGACCAUCAUCGGGGAGAUUCUGUGGUUCCGGUCCUUGGCCCAGGAGGGCCUUCAAGAAGUCUUCACCAGCCACUGCCCUUUUCUGAUGGGCCCCAUUGAGUGCCUGAAGGAAUUUGUAACCCCCGAUAUGGAUAUAAAGGUUACCUUGAGCAUCUUCGAGCUGGCCACAGCUGCGGGGUCCCCCUGUGACAUAGACCCAGCCUUGGUGACUGCCUUCUCCAAUCUGAAAAAAGACGGCUCAUCCCCCGAGGAGGAGUACAAGGUUGCCUGUCUGCUGCUGGUCUUCGUUGCCGUGUCUCUGCCGCUCCUAGCCAAUGACCCUUCCUCCGUCUAUACCUCCGAGAUAGAUGGCUAUAACAACAACAUCCACUGCCUGGCUAAAGCUAUCAUCCAAGUAUCAGCCGCCCUCUUCACCAUCUACAAUAAGAAUAUCGAGAGCCACCUGAAGGAAUUCCUUAUGCUAGCCUCUGUGAGCCUCUUGCAGCUGGGGCAAGAUGUUGACAAGUUGAAAGUGAAGAACAAGGAGUCCAUCUCACUGCUCAUGCACUUGCUCGUGGAGGAGUCGUCCUUCCUGACCACCGACAUGCUGGAGACCUGCUUCCCUUACGUGCUGCUGCGUAACGCUUACCGCGAAGUCUCCCGGGCAUCUGUCUUGAGCCGUCUGCCCGCACACUGA